AUGGCUCCGAUCACUUUCUCCAGCCUCGCAGCCGAGCUUCGCAAUGAAAUAUACGAGCUGGCCUUCACAUCAGACACAGGCCCAAGCCUCGACUCGACCAUCGACCUACGGGACACAUCUCCACCAAGCAAGGCGCUGCUUCUAGUCUGUCGCAAGUUCCACAACGAAGCUUAUCAAAUCUAUCGCGAGGCAUAUCGGUCGUACUGGAGAGAACAACACUUCAGCCUUAACCUUACCAAGCGCCCAUUCAACACGAACCGCAACGAGUGGCACCACAUGCUCGCCUCUAUCGAUGCAGUAGAUCUGGCCCACAUCAAGCACUUGCACAUUACCGGUGCCACAAAUGCACGAUGCUUCGACGACGUCGAGUUCCGCUUCACUCGCAUGCCUCGGAGCUGGCGGCUAGCGAAAGAGCAUGGAAAUCAGCAGCAGCCUUGCAUCUUCUUCACUCUGACUUACAUGAGUAACGGAGAUGUGGACAUGCAGAUGAAACGCACCGCGGCGGAGAUUGAAGAAGUUGUCGAAGAUCCAGCACGUUCGGCGAUACUGAGCAGAAACGAUAUAAGUGUCAUCUUCGACGAAUUGCUAGAACAUUAG